CGAAAAUAAUUUCACUCUCUCACCGAACAAAAUACUUCUCUCUCUAAAAAUCUUCAUCCUCCUCUGUGUCGCCCGCAAUCCCGUCUCUAUUCAUCUAAUCAUAUAUACAUGCCAUAAAAGUAUAUCAUACGUAUUCUCAGCUUGGUCAAUUUGUGUUAUUUUCAAUCCUUUUAUCCUCUAGUUGAUUCUGCUUGCGAGGGAUUGGUUGUUUAGUUGACAGGUGAUAUGAUCUAUGAGCUGUUGAGUUUGGUUUGAUUGGGCGUUUAUUGUGAAUGAGAUAUGGGAUUGGAGUCCGUUGGUGAAUUAUUUGAUUCAUCAUCUUCCACAGCAAAAUCCCAAUUUGAUCGUGGGUCUCAAUAGGAUCGCCGAUCCCACCAAUCAAUUGGGGGAUUUUUUGGGUUUCAUUGUUCAUGCUGGUAUUAAAUUAAUUGUGGUUUUUGUUACUGGUGGUGGAGGGGUUAGUGUCAUGGACGAUGCCAGCCCUAGCAAUGGAAAAGCAGGUCAAGCUAGAACAACGGCGGAAGUGGGAACUGAUUCGUCGAGGUGGCUCCCCAAGGAGGUGGCUUUUGCACCAUAUUUGCGGCAGGAGAUUGAGUCCUCGAACCACAAGGCUCAAACUCUGAGUGUAGUUGUUCGAAAACCUUUUGUAGCAAGGCUAACCAAGGACAUUAUUGCAACGUAUCAAACAUGCAAUCCACAGUUCAAGUAUUCAGAAGAGUUGAACCCAAAAAGAUAUUUAACUAGUCCUUCAAUUGGUGUCAACAAUGAUGGCUUUGAUAAUGUGAACUCAGAUCUUAUUCUGGCUGUGAACUUUGCGUUGGUCAAUUCAGAUAGGCAGAGAAGGUAUGUGGUCAAAGAUGUUCUUGGUCAUGGGACUUUUGGGCAGGUUGCUAAAUGCUGGGCUGCAGAAACAAACAGCUUUGUUGCGGUUAAGAUAAUCAAAAACCAACCUGCAUAUUAUCAACAGGCACUGGUUGAAGUGUCGAUUUUGACUACGUUGAACAAGAAGUACGAUCCUGAGGAUAAGCAUCACAUUGUUCGUAUUUAUGAUUACUUUGUAUAUCAACGUCACUUGUGCAUAAGCUUUGAGCUGCUUGACACAAAUCUGUAUGAGCUUAUCAAGAUAAAUCAUUUUAGGGGAUUAUCAUUGAGCAUCGUCCAGUUGUUCUCCAAACAGAUUUUACAUGGGUUAGCUCUACUAAAGGAUGCUGGGAUAAUACAUUGUGAUUUGAAGCCAGAAAACAUUCUUUUGUGCACGAGUGUGAAACCAGCAGAAAUUAAGAUAAUUGACUUUGGAUCAGCUUGCAUGGAAGAUCGCACUGUUUACUCAUAUAUCCAGAGUCGAUACUAUAGAUCUCCUGAGGUUCUUCUUGGGUAUCAAUACACUACGGCCAUUGACAUGUGGUCCUUUGGAUGCAUAGUCGCUGAAUUGUUUCUAGGGUUGCCUCUUUUCCCUGGAGCCUCAGAAUUUGAUCUUCUGAGAAGAAUGAUUGAAAUACUUGGAGGACAACCCCCUGAUUAUGUACUAAAGGCAGCAAAAAACACAAGUAAGUUCUUUAAAUGCAUUGGGACUGCCCACAAUCAAGAGAAUGGUGAACCUAUGGGUGGCAGAAGUGCUUACCAAGCAUUAACAGUGGAGGAAUAUGAAGCUAGAGAGUUGAAAAGACCAGUGAUUGGAAAAGAGUAUUUCAAUCAUAUGAACCUUGAAGCGAUUGUCACAAAUUAUCCUUACAGAAAAAACUUACCAGAAGAAGAUAUCAUUAGAGAAAGUCAAAUAAGAUUGGCCUUGAUUGAUUUCUUAAGGGGACUUGUUGAGUUUGAUCCUGCCAAACGCUGGUCACCUUUUCAAGUAAUAAAGUUUGCACUUGCUUCAAAACAUCCUUUUGUGACGGGGGAACCCUUCACAUGCCCUUACAAGCCUCCCCCAGAGACUCGUCACAUGCCCGUAGCUCAAAAUCUCAAGGUGGAUCAUCACCCUGGUGGAGGGCAUUGGUUUGCCGCAGGUCUCUCCCCCAAUCUUACGGGCAGGAGUAGAGUUGCCUUGCAUAACGGUCCACAUAUUCAGAUGGGGCCUUAUGCACAUGCUAGCAGUUAUGGCAGUAUAGGAAGCCACGGUAGCUAUAAUGAUGGUAUUGGGUUAGGAAGCAGCUAUGGAAGUUAUGGAGAUGGUAGCAAUAUGUUUGCAUAUUAUUCACCUGUUGGUCCAUCUGGGAUGAACAUGUGUGCACAGAAUAGCAUGUCAAUGCUUGGAAGUAGUCCUGAAGCAAGACGGAGGAUUAUUUCAUACUCCCAUGGAAAUGGACUAGGUGCCAGCCCAUCAGCAGGAAGCUUUGCUCCACUGCCCCUUGGCACUAGUCCUUCACAGUUCACUCCACUAAGCUCUUACGGUCAAGUUUCAGCUGGCUCUCCUGGACAAUAUGGACCAACCUCUCCUGCAAGAAGCAGUUGUCAUGGGUCACCUUUAGGUAAAAUGGCUGCAGUCAGCAAUUUCAAUAGAAGAAAAAGUUGGGGAUAUUCUGGAAGUUCUCAAACUCAGGAUAGCUCAUCCUCACAUUGGCAAGGACAAACUACUGAGGGUGCAAGCUCUAGCCAAGCUGAGGGGAAUCCUCAAGGACUUGGUGGUUCACCCUCGCAUCUGCAGUUAAGUUCAGGGUCUGCGAGCUUGAAGCUACAGCAAGGCGGCGGAGUUGGUGCGGGUUACGUUAAAAACAUGCCAGGUUCCUUUAGACUCGGUUCCAGUAUGCAACUUACUCAAAGCACAGGGGAAAAUCAUGAUAAGCCUGAUGUAUCUCAGUCAUUGCCGGAUCCUGGAGAUUGGGAUCCAUACUACAGCGAAGAACAACUUCUUCAAGAUGACAGCUCAGAUGUGAACUUAAGCUCUGACUUCAGCAAAGGCAUGCAUCUUGGUUCUGCUGAUCCGCUUGCUGGAUUCGGAAGAUUCAGUAGGGGCUCAAAUAUGAACUCAAACAUUAUUUACAGACAAAAUGGACCUAUUCAAACAUUUUCACAUGUUGAGGUGGGCAACCCCCCUUCAGGUCAUGAUCAGCAUGCUGGAUAUGGUCGUUCAAUGUAUAAAAAUUCUCAUUUCAUUCCUCAUGUCUCACAAAAUUCUCCAAGCCGUUUCGGACAGCAGCCUGUUCAGCGGCUUAACCAAGGGAAUCACUCCUCUGUUCGGGGUACCGAAUUGAAUCAUAUGAAGGUCCAGCUCCCUCCUUCUAGCUUCCACUCUGGGGGCCAGCGCUCUCCUGGAAGUAGUUCAUUUAACAAUGGCAUGUCAUGGGGGCAUAGGGCUAAUCAUCCCACCACAAGUAUUCCGCCUACAUCUCGAGGAAGAAAGGACUAUGGCCGGAUUUCCUAGUGCUGUAAUUCAGCUUAAUUUUUUUACUGGGAGGGAUUGUGUACCGAUUGUUCACAAGAAAGUUGUAUUCCAACAGUUAACAUGCCUAGUGGGCUCAUACUAAGAGCGUAUCAUCUGUCAGGGCAUGUCAAUUCAUUGUGCUUGCAUAAAUAUAAUUUAUGGUUUUGAUUUCUUCUUA